CGUCACUCCGCCGACGCCUCGACGAGCCGAGGAGCUGCAGCUUCAAACCAAUUGAAACGCUGCAUUCACUGUCUCCUCACACUGUCAGGACAUCAGAGCGCUCUGUCUGCAGCUGCUAACAGAUGAACUCUCUCUGAAGCUCCACCCACUGCAGACGUUCAUCAUGAGGUCUGUGUCUCCGCCUACGUCCACCUCGGGGACAGCAGGACGAGAAACUCAGCUCCCGUCCUCUUCAUCGUCUCUGUCUCCUCAUCUGUCUCUGCAAAGUCCAGAGCUGCAAGCCGAGUUUCUCCAAGAGUGUCGGAACAAAUUUCAGUCUCCUAGUGAAUCCAGUGUGGUCUCCUCCCCCUUUAGUCCCCCUCCCUCCUCCUCUCCAUGGAGCUCCUCGUCCUCCUCGUCCUCUCCCUCCUACAGCAGCAGACCAGCUCGUCUGUCCCUGUCCAGCCCCGAGCUCCUUUCAGAGCUGAGGGAGUCCAGGACCCGCCCCCUUCGACGUGUCCCCACCCACAACGGACUGACCACCGUCUUCUCUGGACGGGGAGGACGAGGAGGACGACAGGCCUCUGGUCCCGCCCUCUCCACAGGAGCAGCCAAUCAGAUGACUUCACACUGACCUCACCUGGAGUCCAGCUCUGAGACGGAUGCUCACAGUGAGACCACGGCACUUUUUCAAGGUAAAAGCUCGGAGCUUCCUGAGCUGCUGGAGCGCGCUCACUGA